AUGUCUAUCAGAUCUGAAAAGUUGUUUUCUGUCACCAUCUUUGGGUAUCGGAAGCCCGGGAUGGAUGAGGACUUCUACCACAGCUACGUCAGCCAGACACAUGCCAACCACCUGAAGGAACUUCUUAUCAAGAACAGAAUUGUUUCUUACCACAUGCAACACAACUCCACUCAGGGGAGGUCCCUGCUGAACCAAAUUUUCCCCGGCAUCCCGCCCGAGAAGGUUGAUGACUGUGACUGCCUCGUCCAGAUUGUUUUCAGGGACAUUGAUGAUUAUAUCAAAGUCAAGAAUGAGGAGAAGUACAAGGUGGUGGUGAACCCAGAUCACGAUGUUUUCGCGGACCCAACGAAGACCAAGUUUGUGACUGGUUGGUUCGAGUUCCAUGUGGCUGACGGACAGGCCGUUUAG